AUGUCUUCCAACCCAAGUGAUCUUUACUCCCAAAGCUUCAAUUUCCAAAGUUUUCUGCAGAAGGGAGUUGAUCCUCGUACUGGACAAUACACCGUCAGCAUUAAACUCUUUGAUGCACCAUCUGAGACUCGCAACUGCCCGUCAAUCAAUCUAUCGCUGAGUUACAAUCCGCUCAACACCAAAGAUAUCGGUCUAGGCACUGGCUGUGCUUUUUUCAUCCAGGACCAGAAGCUCAAGAGCUUCCAGGCAAAACGAACAGGAUCAUCAGCGGGAUCUACUUAUGAAGUGGCGUACAAAUCAGGCCAGGUAGAGAUUCUCUCUGGUUUUAACAAUACCUACAACCAAUCCGUUCCGAUCACCAUUUACGGCGCAAACGGUCGUCCACUCAGUCUGGAAUGGACUCGCAACGGUGAACAGCCACGACUGAGCAAGAUCCAGGACGGUGAUGACGUUCUGCUGGAUAUUCAGUAUUCCGAUACGCAGGUGACCAUCACCAAGGCCCCAGGAACAACCGCUGCCAGCACCUUCACCCUUAUACGGCGUAAUGCGCAGCUAACCCAGGUUAAACUGCCACUGGAUGACGACACGCCCCCAUGGCAGUUUUCCUACAACUCUCUCAGCAACGGAUUCGUGUGCGUGUCGCAAGUGACAAGCCCUACUGGUUUAGUUGAAGAGGUCAAUUACAAACAAGAUGGUCACCAGCUGUCCUCUGGAGCGCCUUAUGCGAGGAUUCCAUACGUAGUGUCUCACGUGGCGCGUCCAGAACGUCAGCAGCCCGCCAUAAAAACAACUUACAGCUACUCCUCAUAUAACUUCCUGGGCUAUGGAGGGGCACGGCAGUGGAGCAGUACCGGUGAUAAUCUGUAUCAGGUGCCUGCGGAAUACCAGUACACAUCCACGGCGCAGCUUGAGGGUGGAACCACCACAACCUAUACGUACAACAAGUUCCACGUGACCACCAAGAUCGAGGAACAGCUGAACACGAAAAAGACCACGCAGGAUAUCACGUAUCAUGCUACUCCAAGUACAGCGUUUGAUGAUCAGCCUGCGCAAUACCUGUUACCAAAAACGGUCGCAAUCACCUAUGCGGACACAAAAGCCUCCAGUCGGACAGAAACAACAACAACAACUGAAUUUGACGAAUGGGGCAACCCAACCACAGAGAUCAAGCCGGAUGGCCUGAUUACCACUCGCACAUAUUAUGCCCCAGACGGAGAGGCAGACUGCCCGGCUGACCCUCAUGGUUUCCAACGUUAUCUGAAAACAGAAACAGUGACCCCGGCAGAGUCUUCCUUUACUGCACCGACCAGAACAGAGAAGUUUAGUUAUUUGGAGCUCCCUACUUCGAGCAAUGCGACUGUACAGACAGUUGUCGUGCCAUCAUCACGCGUCACCCUCGAUGGGGACACGUCGCUGACCACUGCCGAAUAUGCGUAUGUCAACCAGCCAGACUCACGCGAUCAUGGACGCGUCCAACAACAGAAAACAUGGUUAUCGUCGAAAGAUAGCGCCACGACACAGACAUAUGCUUAUGAGUAUCUCAAUAGCGAUGAACUGAAAAAGACACUCACUACGGUCGGCUUUGAUGGCGUUUCGGCCAAGUUUGAGACUGUCCAUUCCUUGUCGUCUGGGCAGGUUACUGGGCAGACAGAUGAUGCGGGUAUCCAGGAUGUCUUCCAAUAUGAUGCAUUGGGUCGAUUGGUGAAAGCCGCAACAGCGAUUGAUACCGAACAGGAAGCGGUCCGCUACAACAGUUACGCCAUUCCUGACGACGGCAAUAGUGGCAUGGUGCUGUCAGUGACCGAUGCCAAAGGUGUUCAAACACAAUACAUUUCCGACGGCCUGGAGAGAAUUUGCCAAGUGAAGAGGCAGGACGAUGAUGGCUCGUGGGACGCAUCUACCAACACAUAUUCCGGCACUUUUCGCUCACUGCAGGAGCGUACUUACAAUGCUGUGGGCCAGAAUGUUGAACAAAUUGACAUUGACUGGCUGCGUACCAAAGAAGGCGAUCCAACGGAACUACGAACGAUUAAGAAACUAGAGUAUGAUAACUGGGGUCAGGUCCUGAAGACGAUAGACAACAGCACCGGCGUCACGACGAUUUCAGAGACGGAUCCUAUCAGCCUGAGCCAAACAGAAGGAAUCGAAGGCGAAGGUCAAACCGUGACGCAGCUCAAUCUGUCCGGCGUGCCUACUCAAAUCCGCCUUCUGGGUAAAGAUGGAACUGAGUACAGCAAGCUUACAUACAACUAUGAUGGCCUUGGACGACUGGUUGAAGAAGAGGAUGCCUUGGGUCGCAAGACAAAAUACCAACCUGAUUCGUUUGACCGAGUCACCAAGACCACAUGGGCGAGCGGCCGGGAAGUCAACGUCCAGUAUGCCACCCAAAGCGCGGCAGCCCUCCCGACCUCACUCCAAGUCAACGACACAAGCCUUGGUGGGCAGUCUUUCGACGGAUUGGACCGAUUGACGCGGCGAACAGUCGGUGGACGCAGUUUGAAGCAAUCCUAUCAGGGUAGCACCCCAGAGCCAAUUCAGAUUGCCACGGACAAGGGCGACUUCAAACUUACAUACGAGCCGGGUUUGCGCCAGUCGCUGUCCACAGUCAGUGGCCAGGACAGAAAUGAGACGUACAAGUAUGACUCCAAGACGGGCGUUGCAUUACAGCUCAAAGGCUCAUCCAGCACUGCGGAUCGUCAGUACUUCCCGUCAGGCCUACUAAAAAGUGAAGCGCUCGAUCUCAGCGAAGGUACCGCGUCCUUUGCUACACAGUCGACAUACUCGAUGGCCGGGAAGCUGCAAGGAUAUACCGACGUCCAUGGCAAGGAAUACCAAAACACAUAUGAUAGUGCUGGCCGUCUGAGUUCCUUGACUAUAGGAUCCCUCACGGUCUCUUAUUCCUACGACAGCGCCAACCGUCUGUGUGGCACUACUGUUCAAGACAAAGAGCAUGACUCCAACCUGACCACCAGCCUUAUCUACGAUGAUUUCGGUCGAGAAAUCGAGCGCACCGUUUUGCAAGGGGACAAGCAGGUGUCUAAACUGACCCAAUCCUACGGCAAAACAAGUCUUAUCACCACGCGGCAAUUGGAAGUUGAUGGGAAGACUGUACGAAACGAAUCGUUUACCUAUGACGAGCACAACCGUUUGGUCACGUACAAAUGUGAGGGAAGCCAACCUCCUAAGGAUGAAAAGGGACAUGAGAUACAAACGCAGGAAUUCACCUUCGAUAACCUCGAUAACAUAACAUCUGUCACAACUGGUUUCCAAGAUGGUACCCAAAACACGGCGACUUACUCAUACAGCAAGAAUGAUCCGACCCAGCUCAGUCAAAUUGCAAACAGCCAUCCUAAUUUUACAUCUCAAAUCACCCUGGAAUAUGAUUCCAAUGGAUGUCUCACCCAAGACGAGCAAGGUCGUACCUUGGAAUACGACAGCGGCGGCCGUCUGGAGUCAGUCAAAGAUAGCAGUGGCAACCUUCUCAGUCAAUACAGCUACGAUGCAGCUGGCAGAUUAAUUUCCCAGUCAAUCCCCGACCAGCCAGAUACCCAGCUGUUCUACCGACAAGACAAGCUUAUCAGCGUCAAGUCCGGAGACCGCCAAGUGAGCUAUAUCUCUGCUGGCAAUGAAUACUUAGGGCAGAGUACCCAGAGCGGUGAUUCUACCGAGAUUCAGCUCUGGGGAUCUGACGCCAAUGGCUCUGUGCUCAACUGGUUCAACACAGCACAACCAGACCAGAUCCACCAACAGCAGUACACACCUUACGGCUUCGGAUGGUACCACUUGGGUAACGGAUACCGAGUCUACAACCCCGUCUUGAUGCGCUACCAUGUCCCCGACCCCGGCAGCCCGUUCGGCACGGGUGAAGUCAACGCUUAUGCUUACUGUCUGGGAGACCCAAUCAACCGCGUCGACCCUAGCGGCCAGUGGAGCUUCUUCGGACUCUUCAGCUUCAGCUGGAAAGAUGUGAUUACUACCGUAGCCAGCGUUGUUGUGAGCGUUGCAGUCGGCGUUCUCACAGCCGGGGCAAGUGUGGCCAUCGAGAUCGGCGUGGGAAUCGCAGCCGGAGUGGCGACCAGCGUCGCAGCCGGAGCGGUAGGAGAUUUAGUCGAAGGGCGACUGCCCACCUGGAAGUCCGUUGGAAUCGACGCCCUUAGCGGAUUGGUCGGUGGUGUGCUCGGGGAGGCUGGUGGCCGGGCUAUAGCUUCUGGACUCAAAUUCGCGACCAACUUCAAGAGCUUCAUCGGACGAGCUGGCUCAUACACGGUCAAUGAGGUUACAAAGACGGGAUUCAAGACAACUCUUAAGGAAAGUAUCAAAGGGGCCGUGGAAGGUGAAAUCGCCGGUCAGAUUUCAAAUGGUUUCUACGGUGAUGCACUCUACAACGCGUUGCAAGGCGACGACUCUUCGACGCCCCAGCAGGCCACGAGCUCCUCACCGAUAGCUAGCUCGCCGUCGUCAUCCCAGCCAUCUCAGAAGGGCCAGGUGGCCGUGGUCCGAGAGGCGUCGCUGGCCAGAGAUCCCAUCAGACUUUCUCUGCGGGAUGGUCAAUCCACCGUUUCUAAUCGGAACCGGGGAUUCGGUAAAGAAGCCGGCAAGUCCAUUCCGAACAUCUUGAACCGCCAGCUGAAGUGCACGUUUGGGCCUGUUGGCGCAUCGCAGGGCAAGCGGCAAGCGACGGGAAGUGGUGCGCUCGAAUCACUGGAGAAGAAGAGGAGAUUGUGUGCGUCGGUGAGAAGUCAGAUUCGGGCUCAGGGUGCCUAA